AGCUGGACCAGGUCGGAGAUUAGCAGAGUCGCAACCACAACAAUCCACACCCGCCACAAAUUAGUGGGCUUCGACUGAGCCUAUUCUCAAUGAAAAUGAAAUUUCACGAUUGAACAUCGCUACUGGCAAUAAUUAUUUGGUCAUCAAACCUGAUAUAUCUCGGGUUUUCGCUAGCGGAGACUGGGUUAAGGUCGCAAGUGGUCGGUAGUUUGUUUUGGAGCACCGCGUCUUUUUUUUUUUUCAAUUUGGUGCGUGAAAAUGGGGAGAGCGGAUUCGGUGAACAGAUGCAGUUGGUGUUCGGGUUUCAGAGCCAGAUUCUGGACCGAUAGGGAUUCCCCAUCAAACCCAUGGCCAAAGCCACAAGGAGCAGAUGAAACUGACAGAGCUGCUCUCUCAGAGGAACCACCUAAAGAAGAUAUUCUCAUCGUGAGAGAAAUCGAUCCAUGCUUAGAGGAAAAUGGGAUCAACCAUUACACCGACAAAUAUGACCUCAUGAGAAGGAAAGUUGAACCUAAAUUGGUGGUGCGAAGAGGACAAUCCUUCAAAUUGAUCUUGAAACUGAGCAGAAAAUAUGACCAUGAAAGAGAUGGGAUUUCAUUCAUAUUCACUGCUGAUGAUGAAGACAAGAAUAGCUACGGACAAAAAACCUUAAUAGCUGCUCCACUUCUGAGGAAAGCCGACAAGUCUUUCAUAUGGAACGCCGUGGUAGAGCACGAAGGUGAAUCCUCUGUCUCUGUGAACAUCUUCACGGAUCCAGAAGCAGCCGUUGGAAGGUGGAAGUUAGACGUGGAUACUAAAAUCAUAGACGGAGGAGCAUAUUGCUACAGUUGGGAGAAGGAAAUAUACAUGCUAUUCAAUCCUUGGUGCAAAAAGGAUAGGGUUUAUUUAAGUUCGGAGGAGUGGAGAACUGAAGCCGUAUUGAACGAUACUGGAAUAAUUUGGAGGGGUACUUUCAACCGGAUGAAACCGGUGAUUUGGAAAUACGAUCAGUUCGACACCAACAUCCUUGAUUGUUCUUUAUAUGUCUUGCACGAGGUAGGACUGGUAAGAGGUGCGAAGAGGUCUGAUCCAGUGAAGGUGGCCAGAGCUUUGGCAGCAGCUGUCAACUCGGCAGAUGAUGAUGGAGUCAUCAUGGGGAAUUGGAGUGAAGACUUCAGCGGUGGAACAUCACCAACCAAGUGGAUCGGCAGUAAAGAAAUCCUCAGGAAGUAUUAUAAGAAGAAGAAGCCAGUUAAAUUCGGGCAGUGUUGGGUUUUCUCCGGAGUUCUGACCACAAUUUGUAGAGCCCUUGGUUUGCCAACCAGGACAGUCACCAACUAUUCUUCUGCACACGACACUCAAGGAUCCCUCACUGUGGACUACUUCUUGAAUCAAGAUGGCGACAUGGUUGAAGACCUUAAUUCCGAUUCCGUCUGGACCUUUCAUGUUUGGAACGAAGUGUGGAUGUGCAGAUCAGAUGUGGACGAGAAGUUCGACGGCUGGCAAGUCAUAGAUGCAACUCCACAGGAGCAAAGCGAGGACAUUUACCAAGUGGGACCAGCAUCCGUUGGUGCCAUCAAGCAUGGCGAUGUUCUGAAGCCGUAUGACAAUGGUUUUGUUUUUGCAGAAGUGAAUGCAGAUAAGGUGUAUUGGCGAUAUACUGGUCCAAAUAAACCUUUGAAACUGCUUCGAAAAGAUACGCAAUCCAUUGGUAAGCUUAUUUGUACCAAAGCUCCUGGUGUUUUCGAGAUGCUGGAUAUAACCUACAUUUACAAACACCCAGAAAAGACUUUCAAAGAACGCCACACCAUGCUGAAAGCUUUGCAGCAAUCUCGUAACAUAUUCGCCAGAUAUUACCUCAACGAAGAUUUCAACGAUAUACAUUUCGAUUUCCUCCUCAAGGAUGAUAUAAAGAUAGGAGAACCCUUCAGUGUGAAUCUCGUGAUGACCAACAGAAACGAAACCAAAGAUUACAAAGUCAGAGUAUUAUUAAGGGUAGAUGUCACGGAUUAUACUGGAAGUAUUGGAGAAAUAGUUCAAAGGAGAAAUUUCGACGUGAAUGUCAAAGCCAAGUCAUUACACGAGGUGUCUUUGGAGGUGAAUUACCAACAAUACGCAAAGAAGUUGAUGGAUCAAGCUACAUUCAAAAUAUUGUGUUUUGCGAAUGUUGAAGACACUAACUUUGAGUAUUACGCUGAAGAUGAUUUCAGAGUUAGGAAACCCGAUGUCAAAUUCUCCAUUCCUGAGAAGAUAAUCGAAGGAAAGGAGGCGACAGUAGUGGUUUUCUUGGAGAAUUCUUUGCCAGUGCCAUUAAAGAAGGGGGAAUUCACAGUUGAAGCACCUGGGCUCAAUAGGCCUGUCAGAAUAAAGGUUAAAUCGGCAGUAGCUCCAGGUGAGAAAGCUGUGGGGGAAUUCAAGUUCACUCCUUCGAGGAGUGGUGUAUACAGUAUUGCUGCCAAAUUCGUUUGCAGAGAGAUGGACGAUUGCGAUGGGUAUAAGGUCAUUAAAGUGCAAUAUUCCCCAGUGGACAUUAAUGUUACAGGAUAAAAGAUAAUACUACAUCUUAUUUUUUUAUUUAAAUACUGCCAUUCUAUGUAAACUCGAUUUUUUUUUAAUUCUUAUUCAUGUUCGACUGAUGUUAUUUGAUUUUAUUAAUAAAUUUCACUAAA